GACAUCGGCAUUCGAUUUGUUAGUAUCGUUUGGUUUGGCUGAUGAGUGGUGAGCUGCGCUGGUUGUUCCUCGUCAAGUGUCUUUAAUUUUCGUUCAGUACAACUUCCAGGAAUUUAUUUUGUUUUCAAAUGGCGCCAAUUAAGCAAAAUGGAAUGAGUGAAUACGAAAUGCAACGGGCUAAAAAUAUGGAAGAAAAUCGUCGAAUUUUGGAAAGCAUUCGUCAAGAACAGAUUUACAAAUUUGAAGCUUUACAGCCAGUUAAGCAAAAAGAGAGGAAACCUGCUGAGCCAAGACCUAAAAAAAAACCUAGAGUUGAAACAAUAGCAGGCGCAGAAGGUGUUGAUGCUGAAACUAACACUAACGGUUUAAGGAAAUCUUCAAGAAUCUCUGGAAAGACUCCUGAGUUUUCGAGAGGUGUGAAAGAUGGAGAUUCAGAUGAUAAAGAUUACGAGGAAGAUUACGACGAUGAUGACUCAGAUGGAGAGGACGGUGACGGCCGAAAAAGAAAACGCGUGAGAGGACCACAACAGAAGAUUGUGGUACCAAAAAAUCGUGCCAACUUUUACGGUGCCGUCCCAGGAGUAGAGAUUGGGAGAAUUUGGGAGAUGAGAAUGCAAUGCUCUGCCGAUGGAGUCAUGCGACCUCCUGUAGCUGGAAUUCAUGGAGGUCCCGAAGGAGCUUACUCGAUUGCCCUUUCUGGUGGCUACGAGGAUGAUGUCGAUCUGGGUGAUUGUUUCACUUACACAGGUGAAGGUGGACGAGCACUCAAUGGCACCAAAGCUAAACCUAAAAAUCUACGCACUGCCCCGCAGAGCAAAGACCAAACGUUAACCAAAGGUAACUUGGCACUCAGCUUAAACAUCGAAACAAGGAAACCUGUUCGCGUAAUUCGAGGAUACAAGUCCAAUACUGAAUUCACUCCCGAAUAUGGCUACCGUUAUGAUGGUUUGUAUUCCGUGGAGAAGUAUUGGUUGUGCGUUGGCAAGUCUGGUUUUAAAGUAUACAAAUUUGCUCUGCGAAGAUGCCCAGAUCAAGCUCCUCCGCCAUGGGUGACUGAUAAGCAAAAGAAAGUACAAGAUCCAGUGGCAAAUAAAGAAGAAAACGGGUCGGCUGAUAAAGAAAAUCAUGAUAACGAUCUUAAAUCUAGUCCGUCUCCAUCAACUUCCACUCCUUCAGAAUGAAUUUACUCAACAGCUUCCGAUCCUUUUUCACCUGUUAUGUCCAUUUUACUCAAAUCGACAAGCAUUGAUUGCAAAAUUCCUGUUUUAAUAAGACAAACAUCAUGUUGGCAUUAAUAAACGGAAAUGUAUUUUUAAA